CUGUCGGAGGAGACCUGCACUGAUCUCUGCUCUGGAGGAUGCACCUUUCUGAAGGAGGGCAUCCCUGAGAAGCUUCACUUUUCAUCCUGACUCCCCACAUGUAAUGAAUCUCUGAGAGGACGAGCAGAGAAGCACACUUCAAAAUGGCAGACAAGGAUAGUGUUGAAAAAUACUUGGAGAAUAACCCUCAGUUUGCCAAAGAGUAUUUCGACAAGAAGGUCCGAUGCGAGGUCAUCGCUGCCGCUUUCGCAGAGAGCCUUGACAUCAAAGAUCCAACCUCGUUCAAGGAUGUCAGCCAAAUCCAGGAGGCCACCAUUAUCUUUGACAUGAUCAAAGAAAUGCAUUCGCAGCAGAUAAUGGAAAAGGCCAUGCACAAGGUCCUGCAGAGGAUAUGUAUGCUGGUGAACGCAGACCGCUGCAGCUAUUUCAUAUACCGAGCCAGAAACGGCAUCCCUGAGCUCGCUUCGUGUCUUUUCGAUGUCACCUCUACCUCGAAAUAUGAGGCGAACUUGGUCAACCCUCAAUCUGAAAUUGUCUUCCCUACUGACAUGGGCAUAGUUGGCCAAAUAGUGACUACCAAAAAACCAGCUAAUGUUCCCGAUGUCAAACAGAAUCCCAAAUUCAGUGACUUUGUGGACAAGCAAACAGGAUACAGCACUAAAAACAUGAUGGCUGCCCCUCUCAUGAACGGGAAAGACCCACUUGGUGUGGUCAUGGCAAUUAACAAAGUGGGAGGAAAUGAAUUCUCCAAAGCAGAUGAAGACCUCUUCUCCAAGUACAUCACCUUCGCCACAGUCAUUGCCCUACAGCAUUACACCUCAUACAUGUAUAACGUGGAAUCUAGAAGAAGCCAGGUUCUCUUAUGGUCUGCGAGCAAAGUGUUUGAAGAGUUGACGGACAUUGAGCGACAGUUUCACAAGGCUCUGUACACUGUCAGGACCUACCUCCAGUGCGAGAGGUACUCCGUCGGCCUUCUGGACAUGACCAAAGAAAAGGAGUUCUACGAUGAGUGGCCGAUUAAACUGGGCGAUGUGGAGCCGUACAAAGGCCCAAAGACACCUGACGGCAGGGAAAUCAACUUCUACAAGAUCAUUGAUUAUCUCUUAGAGAGCAAAGAAGAGAUCAAAGUCAUACCAACUCCUCCUGUUGACCACUGGGCACUUGUUAGUGGCCUCCCCACCUAUGUGGCUGAAAAUGGCUUUAUUUGUAACAUGAUGAAUGUUGCUGCUGAUGAUUACUUUACAUUCCAGAAAGAAGCUGUGGACGAGUCGGGUUUUGUCAUUAAAAACGUCCUGUCCCUUCCUAUUGUCAACAAGAAAGAAGAAAUAGUGGGAGUUGCCACUUUCUUCAAUCGGAAAGAUGGCAAGCCAUUCGAUGAGCAGGAUGAACAAAUUACCGAAGCCCUAACACAGUUCCUAGGAUGGUCUGUACUGAAUUGUGACACAUAUGACAAACUGAAUCGGACAGAGUGGAGAAGAGAGAUUGCAGCAGAAAUGGUCAUGUACCAGACCAAAGCCACCCCAGCUGAAAUCCAACAGAUUCUGAACACAAAGGAGAAGUUUGACAUGAACCCUGAGGACUGCGAUCAGAAAGAAAUGUACAAACUCUUGAGAGCCAACAUUCCAGAAGCCAAAGAUGUGGAUCUGCUAUUAUUUAGUUUUAGUGACUUGCCUGUCUCUGAGCUUGACCUUAUCAAAUUUGGCAUCCGCUGUUUCUUUGAACUUGGAGUGGUAGAGAAGUUCAAAGUGCCAGCAGAGGUCCUGACAAGAUGGAUGUACACUGUACGAAAAGGCUACAGAGAUAUCACCUACCAUAACUGGAGGCAUGGGUUUAACGUGGGCCAGACCAUGUUCUGUCUUCUUCAGACUGGAAGGCUGAGAAAAUACUACUCGGACCUUGAGUCCUUUGCAAUGGUAGCGGCUGCAUUCUGUCACGACAUUGACCACAGGGGUACCAACAAUCUCUACCAGACAAAGAGCGCAUCACCACUGGCCAAGCUCCAUGGAUCUUCCAUCUUGGAAAGGCACCAUCUUGAUUACAGCAAGACGCUGAUGGCAGAUGAGAGCGUUAACAUUUUCCAAAGUUUGCAGAAACGCCAGUUUGAGACAGUCCAGCACUUGCAUGAUGUCUGCAUCAUUGCGACUGACCUGGCCUUGUAUUUCAAAAAAAGGACCAUGUUCCAGAAGAUCGUUGAUGCCACUGAACCAAUGAGUGAUGAGAAGGAAGCGAUUGCCUAUGUGUCCAACAAUCCCAUUAGGAAGGAAAUCAUUAUGGCAAUGAUGAUGACUGGAUGUGACUUGUCUGCCAUUACCAAGCCAUGGGAGGUCCAGAGCAAAGUUGCUCUCAUGGUGGCAGCUGAAUUCUGGGAGCAGGGAGACCUGGAAAGGACUGUGCUAGACCAACAACCCAUUCCCAUGAUGGACAGGAACAAGGCGGAUGAACUUCCGAAGAUGCAGUGUGGUUUCAUUGACUUUGUGUGCUCGUUUGUGUACAAGGAAUUUUCAAGGUUCCACAAAGAGAUCACUCCCAUGUUCGAUGGCCUGAACAACAACAGGGUCCAUUGGAAGGAACUGGCUGAUAUUUAUCAAGCAAAAGUAGACGCUAUAGAGAAUGAACGAAAACGGCUAGAAGAGGAGCAGGCUAAAAAAGCUGGUGAGGAUGGUGGAGAGGGAGGAAAGUCCAAAACCUGCACCAUAUUUUAAACAUCAUCUGACAGAAAUUCAGAGCCACAGAGAAGUCUGGGCCAGCAUGUAGAGGGAGGUGAAACGUGCUCCUAGGAUCACUACAUUUUCGCCAGCUUUCUGUCUCAUUUCCUCGGAUGUACCUUCUCCAAGUGAACACGUAGGCAUUCACCAGAAAUGGAAGAACUGUACCUGUCAGAUGUUCUUUCUGAUGCGGUGCCAGCCUAGAGCACAAUAUAGACAAAUUCAAGCUUGUUCCUUAUCCCUGAUUUCACCUCGACUGUACCUUUUAACGACCAACUACACUGGAGGAAGUACUGCAUAUGCAACUUGCCACAAAGUGGUGGCCGAAACACAACUCUACAAAUAUUUAUUGUGCUGUAGUUCAUAGAGCUUACCUGAAGUACGGAUUUUGAGGCCAUAACAGUUCUCAAGACUGUUGUAUAUCGGUUAAACAGCAUAACAUUAGAGCAAUACGCAUGAACAACUUUCUUACCAGUUGCUAAUUUCUCAAAAUAGCAUUCUUCUCGAUUUCAUAACAGUUCCAAUUUGAUAUUAAAUUCUUGUGAUGAAUUCACUGAAUCACACUUAAGGGUGAAGUGUGUUAUUUCUCCACCAAGUGAGAAUUGCAAAAAUGCUGACUGUUCUUGAACAAGUUUCCUCAACACACCCCUCACCUGUAAUUGGUCAAACAAUUAGAUAGCCCCGCCCCCAAACAAACACCAUUGGCAUCAUUUUAAAUUACACACUUCACUUUUAAACUACCGCAACGCAUAUUUGAAUACUUAUCAGUUGCUUUGUUUAGAGUUGAAGGACCAACACAUUUGAAAAAGCUUUUAGAAGCUGAUUGGUUAUUAGCAAAUGCAUUGCGAAAUGUACAAAGAUCUCGUGUUACAAGUCUUGCACACUGACUACUUGAGUUACGUUUUUCAAAAGAAAGAUGGCACUGCCAAGGCUAAAGAUCUUGUCACUUGCAUGUUUGGAUGGAUGCGAAACAGGACGUCUUUUCUACUUUUUUGUUCUCUAUAGAUGAUGAAGCUGCGGAUGCAAUAUGGCUAAUUCUGUGAAUAUGUGGAGAACAUUUAUGACCAGAACUUUGAUGUUUGUUCUUUAAUCAUUGAUACCUAAGCACCACACAUAGUUUUCAACCAUAAUGUAUUACAUAGAGUGUAUUACAUAGAAUAUCAACUGAUAACAUAGAGGUACUUGUUGAUACCAAAGAUUUAAAUGAUGUUUAAGUGGUAUUCUAUUGAGCAGGGCAUACAAACGUCAGGGAAUAUUUAGAAAGUGCAUUGCAUGCAAUGACAAAGCAAGCGGGAACGGUCAGUACUUGAACCUGUAAGGAGAUUUGAAGUGAGUUUGAUGGGGAGCAGCUCCUGAGAUUCACUCCAUUUUAAUCUUUAAACACCAUGCUUAUUUAAAGCAGACUACUGAAGCCUCUAGAUAUCUCCUCUGGCAGAAAGCACAACCCCAAUUCGUGAGGUCAAAGUCUCUCUUUCCUGAUCUUUGGAGAAUCUGAUGACAGCGGUAACUGUUGAACUAGUGAAUGAACCACAGAUUUUGUCUGAUUUCAAAAAGAGGUCAUUCUGCUUUAGAAAAAACACCAGGCAAUGACAAAAACAAGUAACCUAUGGAUAGAUAUAGUAAAUGCAUUGAAAAAAGAUAUAAUCUAAUGCAAUAUCCGCUUGUUAGAAAUAAAACACUGAAGGCCUUUAAUCCAAUAACAGGGGCCACGGCAGUCUAUAUAACUAGCGACUACACUUAAAUGUCAAACUCUCUAAGUCCAGAUCAGACUGAAGAGGCCAAAAGUGAGUAAAUCUCAUCUCAGGUUAAAGCAUUUUGUUGGGAUUGUGAACGAUAGUAUCUACAGUCAUUUGGAGUGAGUGUGGGACUGAUAUCCAAUCAUCUUAUUUACUGAAUACUACUGCACAUAUACUGUAAAUUAUGUCAUGAGAACAAAUAAACACAUUAUUCUGAA